ACCCCCAAUUCCAUGGCAUGGCAAUGCUGUUGCUGAAUGGCAUCACCAUUUCAAUCACUCCCUUGGAUUCAAUUUCUGUAUGCACCUUUGAGCUCAUAACCCACAAAAAAAGGCACAAAUGGCUUCGUCUUCAAAGUUCCUGAGAAGGGUAUCAACAUCCCUCAAUUCCAUACACAAUUCGCGCUUGUUGUCUUCUUCUUCUUCUUCAAAUUCUAGAAUUCCUCUUCAACAAUUUAAGUUUGACCGUCCUCCUUGUUCUUCCUCCCUUCUGUACAACGAUAAGCAUAGUCGUGUUUGUAGUAGAGAUUUUUGCUCUCGGACUUCUAAUGUUGACGAAGUUCUUUCUCAAGGACCUGCUGCCGUUGAUUACAGUGCUUUGCUACAGGAGGAUGAAUUUCACAAACUGGCCGAUGCAACAAUUCAUGAUUUGUUAGAGAAGAUGGAGGAAUAUGGCGAUUCUGUGGACAUUGAUGGUUUUGACAUAGACUACGGGAACCAAGUAUUAACCGUGAAGUUUGGUAGCUUUGGAACCUAUGUCUUAAACAAACAGACACCCAACAGACAGAUUUGGAUGUCUUCACCUGUGAGUGGUCCUUCAAGAUUUGACUGGGAUCAAAGUGCAGAAGCUUGGAUAUACAGGCGGACAAAGGCUAAACUUUUAGAAACACUCGAAACGGAGGUGCAACAACUCUGUGGUGAGCCCAUUACACUUUCUAAAAGAGCAGAUUAACCCGAAAUCUUAGCUAGGGUUACGGUUUGCGUUUCGCAACCAUUUGAGUAUUUACUUGUGUUCUGCACAAUAAAAAGUGUACAUUUUUAUGGAUUUGUAGACUUCAUAUAUGGAAAAGAAACAAUUUUCUGUGUUUAAUUUUAAAAAGCACACUUGUUCAAA